CACUGCUAGUUUUAGGAGGAACAUCUUCAUUAAAUUACACCCAGUACCCACAUGAAUAUGCAACCAAUGAAUGGUGGCAGUUAAUGAACGUCACAGCUCAUGUUAAUAAUUGGACAAAUUGUUAUGUGUGUGCACAUAUGCCAGUGGCAGGACACAAUACUGGACUGAGGCCUUACAAUGUUAGCUGGGAGCACUCAUGGUGUCUCUAUGGGUUGGCUACACAUCCAGGGAGAAGAGCUAAAUGGAAUGAAGCAAAUUUUACCUCAAUUCUUAAUGUAAAGGGGAUAAGUUCUCCCAUUAAUAGAAACUGUUCUAUGUUAACAGAUUUGCUUACUUGGCCUCAGCUAGCUAACCCCCUUCCUGAGGUACUGAUGUUGACUCAUUUGCCAGAGAAAGCUUUUCCAGCAUGUGUUAUAGCAAAUGGAACCAUCAAGGUGGGUAGAUUACCAGCCACUCUCUGUAAUGCUAUCUAUUCCUACUGUCCACCAACAGAUGAGAGACAAUGCCUGACCUGCCUCAAAAAUAUUGCUUGUUAUAAUAAUCUAACUGUACGGAGGAAGGAAUGUCAGUCUGAUUUGGCCUACAGAAUACAGAUGGACACUGGAGAGCUGAGUCAGUGCUCACGAGUAGCACCAGGACCCAAGGGAACAAGAGUGUUAGCGGAUUGGUAUUUCAUCUGUGGUCACAAAGCAUACGUGUCCCUUCCCCCAGAUUGGGGAGGCCUGUGUAGUGUUGCAUAUGUGUCAGAUCAUGUCUUUUUCAUGCAGUACCAGGCCAGUCAUCCACAUCACAAGACGAAGCGACAGGUUGGAGAGUGGCUCACGAGCCAUUCAGAAGUCCCAGAGGAGCUCCGGAUCUGGGGAGUCGGAGCGAAGAUUGCCCAGUCUAUCUUUCCAGGAAUUGGACUGGGAUUUGUGCGUGACCAAGUGGAAAUAAAUCGCUAUGCACUAUUACGUCUGAUGAAGAUGAUGCUGGUGGAGCCAUAAGGGAGGCACUCGACAGACUGACUGAAUUACAGAAAUAUGUACAACAGCACACUCAGGAAAGCCAGAGUGAUUGGUUUUCCUGGCUAAAUGGGGGAAAUUGGUGGCAGGUAUUGUUGAAAUGCCUGACUCCUGUUUUGUGUGUGUUAGUGUUGAUUUGUGUGUUUACAAUGUGUAUUCUGCCCUGCAUCAGAUUCAUCAUAACAAAGAUUUUUACUGGUUAUGUUGUGUCAUAUUUGCAGCUUCAGAUGGUCGACCAAGACGCUGAAAUGCCUGAGGAUAUUUUGUAAAUAUGUAUAUAUUUGGCA